AUGGAAGAAAGUUCUUGUUCUACUGUUUCUCCGGUGGAUAGCUUGGGGAACCAUGAAGAGAAACGGGAGAGGCGGGCAAAACGGUGUGGAAGGAAGAGAAGAGAUAGUAAAAAGUCCAGGGAAGAUGGAAGCCCAAACCCAGGCAAAAGGGGAAAGAAGGCCAUCCCAAGUGUCCAGUCCUAUGAGGAGCUCCAAAGCCAAAGGAUUCUUGCUAAUAUCCGAGAGAGGCAGAGGACUCAGUCGCUCAACGAAGCUUUCGCAGCCCUGAGGAAAAUCAUCCCAACGUUGCCUUCUGACAAGCUGAGUAAAAUCCAGACCCUCAAACUAGCUGCCAGGUACAUAGACUUCCUUUACCAGGUACUGGAGAGUGGAGAGAUGGAUGCCAAGAUCACCAGCUGCAGUUACGCCUCUCAUGAGAGGCUCAGUUAUGCCUUUUCGGUGUGGAGGAUGAACGGACCUUGGCCACUGUCUACCUCACACGAACUAGUAUCAGGGGAAAGCUAA